AUGAAGCGGAUAUCUUGCACAAUUCUCCUCCUUGUCACACUCACGUGCACGUCGCUUGCAAGCACGGAGACCAACUACAACAAGAAGAUGUACAUGAAACGUUCGUCAAUGGAUCAGGAUACAAGUGCCAGUGGAUAUAUUUACAGCAAAUACGGAUCGAAUCCUGCGCAAUUUGUCUACCUGGAUUCGGAUGCUGUUGCAGCGCAUUUCAGUGCUGAUGGUCCAUCCCAUUUGCCCAUUGUUCAGGCAGGUGAUCAAUUUGGGACACAUUCGUACGUUGUCACGCACACAGGACACCAUGGAGGACAUAGUGGUGGAUUUGGUGGUGCAGGACAUCAUCAGGGGCACCAGGGAGGGCAGUUUGUACCAAGCUCUGAGGCAACAGUUGCCAAUUUGUACUACAACCAGUACCACCCUUCACCAUCUUAUACGUUGGAAUCCGAAUCGAGUCCUCCGCAUUUGGAGAGCUACGUUCAUGUUGAGCCAAGUCCUCAGCUUGAAUCCUACAUCCAGUCUAGCGGUGGUGGGGGUGGUGGUGAUUCCCACUACGACGGAGAUGUGGACAGUGGAGAUUUUGACACAACUGGUGGGCAUUUCAGUGAAAGCUACAGCGAUGGGGAUGAUCAUCAUCAUCAUGAUCAUCACUACUCCGAUGGGGAUGGAUCAGAAUACGGUGAGGAGUACCACAAGAAGCACGGAUCCGAAGGGAAGAAGGGUCACGACAGUGAGACAAAAUUCGAGAAGGGAUCAAAGGGACACUACAGCAAGGAAGAUCAUUCAGGGCACUACGAUGAAGAUGGUGGACACAAGAAAUCCUACUACGAUGAAGGGGAUGAGUACGGGCAACACCAUGAGGGUGCUCAUGCGUCCAAGGGUGGGAAGUACGGAGAGAAGAAGCAUCACAAGAAGGGCUCCAAGACAACAGGCUACCACAAUGUCUUCCACAAGGAUGAAUACAAGAAGGAUCACACAUUCUACGAUGAUGCCGAUCACAAUGGGAACUUCAAGAAGUACGGCUCAGCUCAUGAUCAACAUCACAAAGGGGCCAGCAAGUACAACAAAGGUGGGCACUACGAUUCCGCCCAUCAUGAGGCACAGAAGGACAAGAAGGGACAUUUCGACAAAGGAUACCACGAUAUUGAUGACAAAGGCUACAACAACAAGCACGAUCAUGAGCAUCAUCAUCACGAUGGGGAGGAAUACUACAAGAAACACGGAAGCGAUGGAGACAAGCAUCAUGGCUUCAAGGAGAGCCACUACCACUAAUCAUCGCCCCUUUAAACUCUCCAUCACCCCUCAACCAUCCCUCCCUACCCUUCUUGUAAUUUAUUUCCUUCAAUCAAUCCCCGUUUCUCACUCUCUCUCUAUUGACUGAUUUUGUACAUCACGUACACACAGCAUCCUCAUGUUGUAGCCAAAAGGAGAAUGAUAUGUAAGAUGAACUACAAAAAAAAGAAUAGCCCUGAUGGUAUAAAAUAAACAUUUAAACAAA